CAGCUGUUGCGCUUGGGAAGCUGAGCUUCCUGGGGCUGCUUUGAGGCUCCUUGGAGGCUUCCCUUUGUUGCUGAGUCCCACUGCUUUCCGCCACCCAUCUUUGAAUACACUGGCAUAACAGUGGCCGUUUUCUGUUUUGGUAGCUGAUCUCUCUGCUCGCUCCUGCUUCGGCUUCUAUUUCAGGUUGCUCAGUCCUGCUUUUCUUCCAAGGCAAAAGAAUAUCCGGCCCCCCCAGCUGGUGCGAAAAAUGACUCAAGUCAUGACAAAUAACCGCAGACAUUCAUAAUUGCCGCAGCAGAGAGACUAACAUUUUGAGGGGGUUGUGUGAUAUCUCACAUAGUUACUGGCAGAAGCCCUUUCUGAAAACGAGAAAACAAGAACUGAGCGAAGAUGGACUGUAGUUGCUAGGUUGACAAGCCUGUCUGGACUUGAUGUGCUGCAUCCCCCCUCCCAGUGGAAGAGAACAGAAGAUAAAAGAAGAGGUCUUGGGAUGAACAACUCCACCUUUGUGGGGCUGGCGGAUGUCCAGUGUCAGCUCAACGAUCCUCUGCAGUUUGUCAUAGUGCCAGCCACGUAUUGCCUGGUGUUAUGCGUGGGAUUGCCCGGCAACGUGGCAGCCUUGCUUGUUUUCCUUCAGAGUGGACGAGUCAGGAAAGCUAUCCGCAUCUACCUCCUCAACCUCACCUUGGCCGAUAUCUUCUUCAACCUCACCCUGCCCUUCUGGAUCACCUACUACCUAGCUAAAGGACACUGGAGUCUGCCAGAAGUCUUCUGCCGCUUGGCUGGAGCCAUCUACUAUCUGUCCACCUACAGUGCCAUGGCCUUCAUGACUUUGAUCAGCCUGAACCGAUACUGUACGGUGGCAAAGGUAGAACUGGUUCUGAACCGGCCCCAGGGGGCACUGAUCAGCUGUGUGAUGGCCUGGAUUUUGUGCCUACUUUGUGCCGUUCCUUCAUUGACUAAGCAACAAACACACCAGGGAGAGUCCACCAGCUUGAAAUGCUUUGAACAGCACUCAGGCCAGACGACCUAUGCCUACGCUAUGGUGGUCAUCUUCACUCUGUCUUUCUUAAUUGUGCUGGGGACCUACUUGUCUAUCAUGAGGACAUUGUCCACUGCAGCUGGCACAUGUCAAGGUGGCCACCGGCGCAGAGCACGUGCCAUGGUGCUGGGCAUGCUCUUAGUGUUUGUGGUCUGUGUGGCACCUUACCACCUCUCCUUGGUUCCUUGGGUCACCGACCAAAUGUCGGGUUUAGCCUGUAGUCCUCCAUCGUUCUUGGAUAACCUUCACAUGUUGAGUGUGGCUCUUCUCAGCCUGAACAGUUGCAUUGACCCUCUGAUCUAUUGCUUCUCCAUCAAGCGCUUCAGGACUGAUUUAUGGACAAUGGUGCGAAAGACCGCCAGCUGCCGUCCCGUCUCUUCUUCUCUGCCUCCACCUCUGCCAACACCAUCAGAAAACCGAGUUCCACCCAACCUCAGGUCUUCUUCCUUAACCUCUUUAUAAUUGGGAGCAGGCCACAUCCAUCCAACCAGAUGGAAUUACCUCAAGGUUUAUUUUGCACGUUCUGGACUCAGGACUUUUAAUUGGCAGAUGCCUACCAACAGAAAGAUCUCUUGAUAGGCUUCUACUUUAACGCACCAAGUUUUCUUGGCAACCUUUUUUGGACCAGCUUGCCAGUAACUUCUUCCUAUAGCUGAAGAGUGACUAGCCCAAAGUCAUCCAUCUGCCUUCUGUGCAUAAGGCAAGAUUAGUACUCACUGUCUCCCCUUCAAUUAACCAUUAGACCAAAUUGGUUUUCAGGUCAAUCUCAUUCUCUGGUUCAAACGAAGAGCUACAUUCCAGAAAGAUAAUAAAAAGCAGAGCCCAGGGAUUUGUGAGACUUGUGGAUGGAAACCCGGAAGACAUAUAUCAUUUGGACGAAGCGUUUUAAGAGUGAAAAAGUUACACAUUUGGGAUGAGAAACGUUCUCUCUGGAUAUUGAUGGGAAGUGUUGUCAGUGCUGAGAACAAGUUAACAAAGAAGGUUAUCUGUAAGUUGAAUUUAUGGAUCUGCAGUGAAAAAGGCAAAGGAGUUUUACUUUGUCUUGCGGAUUUUACUCUGCUAAUUGUUGCAGACUAUAAGGGAUGGUGCCAGUGGUGAAAUCCAAUUUUUUUUA